CCAAAAUUGAACAAGAAACCAACUGAUUUAGUUAUCUUACGGGAUGCCCACAAUGAAGGAUGCCGAAGCAUUCACUCAACUGCUCCGGGAAAAGUUUUCAGAUAAAGGAUUCGCAAAAUAUAGUCGAUUCUUGUACGAUUUUGUGAAUUUGAGGAUAGAUUUUCAAGUGUUUUUAGAUGGGGUCAUGGGUUUGAUGAAUGGGCACCCCGCUUUGAUUCCUGAAUUCAACAAGUUUUUGCCGAAGGGUUAUGCAAGUGCAUCCAAACAGUAUGUUUUCUUCUCCUCUGCAACAAAAUCCGGUGAUUUUCCACAUAAAUGUAAUCAGGAUGAUGCCCUGACAACGGUUGCCGAUGAUGAACCUUUCAGAGGCAAAGAAAUACAGUCAAGAAACUGUGAAAGUGGCGCCAAGAAGUGUGAUUUUGAUCCACAAUGUCUGCCUGAUACACAUUAUCUGUACCAAUUUCAGAAGAUUGGGGAGAAGAAAAAGAUUUUGUGGGGAACCAAUGACUAUAAGAUCCGGGAAGAAGCUAUUUACGAAUUCUUGAGCAGGGUUAAACAACGAGUUGGUGAUGGUGUUUAUAAACGUUUUCUUCAAUUGUUUUCCGGCCUCAAAGUGAAAGCGCAUGGGGACAUUGAUGGACGGAACAAAGAUGUUUUGGAACUUCUCAAGGAUCAUCCUGAGUUGCAAACUGAUUUUUCAGUUCUCAAUACUUGUAAAAAUCAAGGGUUCAUGAAAAGAUUUGAGUUUGGUGGGCUUGAUGAUUUGGUUGGUGAAGAAGAGGAAGCUGCAACAUCUCUCCAUAAAAGCAGUGAUGACAAGAGAGACAUCCACGAAUCCAGCAAAACAAAUCCAGAGAUAACUGAGGAAGCAAAGAAGUGGCGUCACAGAUUCUUGAUCAAGAGAUCAUAUGACAAGGGGCCGGAUAAUGAACCCAUCUUCAAGAAACCAAAGAAAUCAAGUCCAGAAUCAGAUAUCGUGGCUGGAGUAGCAACUGAAAGUUCUCCAGGAGAAUGCCGGAUGAAAAAUGACAACUUUGUCAACACGGAGUUGGAACUCUGGACUCCAGCUUCUAGAAUUUGCGGCCAGAACUAUGUCAACACCGAUCUGGAACUUUCGAUCAAAAUGCCACCCUUGGUCAUGUUUGAAGUUGCUGGGCUUUUGGAAUAUUUAACUGAAGUCAUGGACUUGAGUUUAAGGGAGACAUCUGCAGAGAUUCAAAGUACCAGUGAAGGAGAAGAGUUUAAGAGUGAAACGCUGGACAGAAUUAGUAAUUUACCUGAUGCAAUUCUCAUUUACAUGCUAUCAUUUCUUCCAACUAAGUUUGCAGCACAAACUGAGAUUUUAUCUAAAAGAUGGCAGGAUCUUUGGGUUGAAGUUCCAACACUAGAUUUUGAUAUGCAUCUAAGGGCGAAUUUCAAGGGUGAGGAGAGUACCUUUGAUGCCUUAGCUAAGACUCAGAUGGAGAGUUUUCAAAACUUUGUGAAUAGGCUGCUGGCACGUCGUGGCAAUUUGAGCCUUCGGAGAUUCAGGCUGGCAUGUGAUGGAAUCGAACCUGAGUGCCUACUUAGUUGGAUGUCUUCCAUUCAUGGUCUUGAAGAACUUGAUCUGGAAAUUUGUCGACUCGGGGAGUCGCCAUUGAGUACUUUUCACUUCACAAGUGAACCACUCAGAGUCUUGAAACUUUUUGGGCAUUUUUGCUUAAACAUCCCAUCUACUCUUUCAUUUCCUCGCCUUGAGACCCUCCAUCUCAGUAUAGCUGAUUAUAUAGACGAUCUAUCAAUAAGGAAGCUACUUUCUAAUUGCCCAGUCCUUGAGAAUUUGAAGAUAGAAAGGAGUGAAUGGGAUAACAUUAGGAACUUUGUCAUCUCAGCACCUUCAUUAAAAAGAUUGGAUUUAGUUUUUCAGAUCCAUGAGAUGUACUUGUAUGAUUCGGAGACUGACGAAGAAUUUGAGUGCAGCUUGUUUGUUGAUGCACCAAACGUGGAGUAUCUACGACUACUUGAUUAUAUGUCAAAAAGUGUAGAGGUGAAUCCUAUGCCCUAUGUGACUGAGGCAAAUAUUUCAGUAAGCAAAAUAGCGGAAUGUGAUGACAGGACACGAGAAGAAAUACGGAACUACGGAAACAAUGUGUGCGCCCUAUUUCACAGUAUCGCAAACGUGAAGCAUUUAACAGUUCGCUCGUUCACACUGGAGGCUCUCAGUGACGCUUUUGACAGACGAAUGCCAAUAUUUCUCAACUUAGUCCACCUUGAAGUGGAUUUUGAGACAGUGAAUGGUGCAAUGUUACUACCAAGUUUGCUUGAAGUCUCUCCAAUGCUGGAGACCCUUAUCUUACCCCAGGGGAUAACUAAUCCAGCCGAACAAGAUCAAGGGUUUAGCUAUGAGGAGAAUCGAAGAUUUAGCUAUCUUUGGAUACCUCCAAAACAGGUGCCUCAUUGUUUGCUUUAUACCUUAAAGGUGGUAGAGAUUCGGCAAGUUACUGGUGAGGUAGAGGAAGAACUGAAGCUGUUGAAAUACUUUCUGCAAAAUGCUAUGGUUCUGGAGAGGAUGACAAUAUUAUGCCAUGAAUUUAUCAUUUCUGGUGGACCGUUAGACAAUGUCAAGGAAAGGACUUCAGCAGCUCGUGCACUUGUCGAUAGAUUUCCCUUCAGGCAUGACCUGAUGAACUAUGUCAGGGGUUCAAGUGUUUGUCAGCUUGAUAUACAUAUUCCUGAACCAACAAUUCUGAACUGGGCUUGAAUUAAACAUGAUUUCAGCGUGUCUGUAAAUGUAUUGUAUCUUGUUUCAUAAGUGUAUUGCAUCUCUGAUUUUUCAGUAUGUUGUAUACUUGUAUCACUCUUUUUUUCUGCAUGUUUUCGUGUGAUUCAUUCUAGUAGAAUUUCGCAUGUUAGAUUCAUACGGAAAUUGUUUCCUGCAAAGUAGAUUAUUUUCGGAUGAAUGAAGUCAGUGGGC